CAAACACCGGCAGGUGCACACAGGUUAGAGGUUAGAGGCUGAUUCUUUAUUUGUUCUGUCGUUAAUGUUUUACAAGUUAGCCUGGGAGCCCUUAGCCUAAGGUUUUACCGUUAUAAACAAUGACUCGACUGGAUUGGAAGCUGUAGAUAUGAGUGUUCUGUGGAGAAAGAUGAUCACAGGGACGUCUGUUCUUGUCGCCGUGAACACACUGGUUGUCUUUAUUUAUCUAUGGCGAGACGCACGCUGUCCGCUAAACCGGCGGGAACAAGCCCCGGCACCAUGGCCGCCAUUACGGCCAUGUGUGUUCGCUAGAGACCAAGCGGAGAACAGGUUAUCGACAAUACAAAGAAUACAAAAUGAUUCACGGACGCCCUACGAUGAAUGUGUGAUGGUGAGAAAAAUUCGACAAGACGAACAGAGCAUUAUACCGUUCGUGCCGAGGGAGGCGUUCCAACAGACAUUGUCCCGGGUUGCAAUCCAGCACAGCUGCAAUCAGAAUGACGCCACGCAGCCAGCAAGAAUUGUCUUUGGGUCUCGAUGGAACGAAAUUAGAGAGAGACGCCAAGUUGCCAAAAGCAGGCACAACAACAGAACUUUAGAUUUUCGAGACAGCGGCCAGUAUGUUGAGUCGUGGUCACCCCUGAGCUACCCGGCCAGCCUGAGAGUCAGUCCGGGGAACAUCACUAAACUUGAAGGUAUUCGCGUCGCUUGGCUAGAGGAAUAUGUCAGUGACUUCUGGCUUAAAGAGGUCAGACUAUCUUGUCACCAUGGAUCUCUGGUCUUCAGCGCCGAUGUCCCGGAUGUGACAGUGACUGGAGACAACAGCAGUGACGUCACCGUCGCGUCAUUUAGCAUUCAUCACCUAAAUCGACAGUUAGAGUUUCUCCACUACCACAGUGUGUCUGAGAAGACUCUAGCAACGGACGAAGUUCAUGUACAGGUCGGCUCCUACACGGCUACUGUGACAAUAAGGAUUCAGCAUUUCCUCAUGUUCCACUUAUAUGACCAUGGAGAAGACAAGUUCGUAAAAGAUAGAGUUACUGUGAUCACCAAGACCUAUCUGCGCUACUCUGUGUUGAGAAAACUCAUCGACUCAGUGAACCAGUAUUUCCCUGGAAUAAAGAUCAUAGUGGCAGACGACAGCGACAAGUUUGAGGAGCUCGGUGAUUACAAGAAUGUCGAUCACUACAAAAUGCCUGCCCAGAAGGGUUGGUUCGCCGGUCGCAACCUUGCCUUGUCCCAGGUCUCCACAGAAUACUUCUUCUGGCUUGAUGACGACAUGGUCUUUACUGAAAAGACGGGCUUAAAGUUUAUGAUGAAUUUCUUAGACGAAACUGGAUAUCAUAUUGUCGGUGGUCGUCUGGAAGACAGCGAGCUUACCUUCGCGCAGAGGUACGACUACGUCCCGUCCAGCACUGACGACGGCGGCUGUCUCAGCCGAAAGGAGGGGUCAUACAGGGUCAUCCCCGGUUUCCCGUCCUGUACGUCUACUGACAUUGUGCUGAACGUGUUCAUGGGGGCGACACAGACGGUCCGAGCUGUCGGGUUCGAACCAAACCCCGUGUACGCCCGGGCCGCACAUAGCGAGUUCUUUGCGGAUGGUUUGGGAAAAUUUCGCGUCGCUUCCUGCACCAACGUAGAAGUCAAGCAUCUGGGCGACACGUCCAACCGGAGUUACAACAAAGCCAGACACACCGGAGGAACUUUGAAUUACUACAAACUGAAAUAUAUCUACUUCAGAAAUAACUUGUUUAACUUGCUGAUAAAGUAAUGUGUUUGUGGGCGAUCACAGUUAGGGAAAUGAUGAAGGCUUGUAAGCUUAGACAAGCUACAAUAUCGGAAAGCGUAACGCAGUUUGUACCAAGAUCGCACACCAGUGGGCCCAAAACCUUGAUUUUCGACUUCCCAACCCCUACCUACAUACCCAAUAUUAUUACAAUCCAUCCAGAGGUUCCAGAGCUAUGCAUGGUGACCACAAAUAUCUGGACACACAGGCAGACACACAGACACAUACACAGACACACCAAAAACUAUACCUCCAUUUUUCAUGGAGGUAAUAAUUUACGUCUUAGAAUGUAUGGCAAACAUCUGGACGAUGGAGGACUGGCUGCUUGGUUAAUAUGUGUCUAAUACAUUGUAUGUUGUUCUCAGAUAUUGAAAUAAAGCAUGUCUUUUUGGUCCCUGA